UGCAACCACAACCCUGCCUUCUACUCUUCUAUCCUAUUUUCAGAAAGCAACAAGUUUUCACCAACUAUAGACAAAGGGUAGAUACUCCAUUUCUAUGCUACUGUCUUCUCAAUCACGUGAACAUACAGUUCACCCCAACGUUUGAUUUCUUUGACCAAUUUCAAAAUCUGAAAAUCAAAUUUAUGCUCAAGAAACCCUAAUUUCUACCUAUAAAUACUUGGUUAAACUUUAUCCUCAAGAAGCUUUGGAAGCCGCCGCCUUUGCACCCUUAAAAUUAUUGUUCAUUCUUUUUUCUUGCUUACUCUUGCAAACACCUUCUGCCUUGUGGUUUGUUUAUCCCUGUUGUUCUCAACGGGGUAAAACUUCUCGUUGUUUUUUGUAUGUCUUUGGGUCUUGGAAGAGGUUGUGACUUGUAGAUAAUAGAUUCGAGAAGUCGAAGUUGACGCCUUAGUUAGCUGCCCUACAAAAUGUUUCGAGCCCGGACCCGUGUGAUCUUCUUCUCUUUCUCCUGAUAGUCGAGGCUCGUGAAGGAUUUGAGAGGAGAAAAUGGAGUCUUUAUAAAAGACUCAUGAUGCCACGAGAAGUCUCCUUGUGAGACUCGAUAUUGUCGCUAUAUUUGGAAUCCGCGCCUAUCUCCUCAUUCAGUUCUCCCCCUCUUGAAAAGCAUCCGAGUUGAAGCAAUAAAAAAAAUAAGGGAGAAGAAGGAUCAACCUGAUCAUUGUUAGCUCGCUCUAAGGGAGUUGGCGUGAGAAAUUGAGGAAAGCCAGGGCAUUUCAUCAGAGACUUCCCUAUGCUCAAGGUCGAACACAAAGACCACCCAAGGCCCGUAGGAGAUAAGGACAGGAGAAGGGACCCGAUCCCUGAUAAGAAAGGAAGAAAAGUUGUUGCUGACAAUGUUGUGAAGAAAACUCUUGCUGUCUGGGGUGAUUCCUCAAGUGACUCAGAAGAGUCAGAACAUCCUGAAGAUGCUUCCAUGCUUGCAGUUAAAGAUGAUGAAGAUGUUUUUGAUGCCAUGUUUGCUUUCAUGGAAAAAUCUGAUGAUGAAGAAGUUGAGGAAGAGGAAAUGGAGGAUUUCAUAGCUAUCGCAGAUCCCCGCAACCAACCCCUGCCCGUUCCCCUUCCCCUGAUAUGGAGAGAAGCAUGGAGCUGCCUUCUCAUCUCAACCAGGAAAUUGCUGCCAAUGAAGAAGAUUCUGAAUGCACCAUUCGGGAGCAAGACCGAUUCAUGCCAAUAGCCAACGUGGUCAGAAACAUGCGCAAGAUCCUUCCUCCCCAAGCCAAGAUAGCCGAUGAAUCCAAACUGGUCAUCCAAGAAUGUGUCUCUGAGUUCAUAAGCUUUGUAACAGGCGAAGCUAACGAUCGUUGCAAGCUUGAGCAGCGCAAGACAAUCACCGCUGAAGACUUGCUUUGGGCCAUGAACGCACUUGGUUUUGAUGACUACGUUGAACCCUUGACUUUGUACUUGCAGCGUUAUCGUGAGUUGGAUGGUGGUGAGCGUGGAUCCGUGAGAGGAGAUCCUUUACCGUUGAAGCGCCCAAUGGUUAAUCCAGCUUCAGGCUACAGCCUCAUGCCCAAUCACCUGCCUCCUAAUUUUCCAAUGGCUCAUCACCAUGGUUAUUUUGUGUAUCCACCACCAAUGGGCAACAGUUAUAGGCAGGGGGAUGCAUCAAGUGGAAGCAGUUCUCAUGAGUGCGCAGUGGCUGCUGUGGAUAGUGACAUUGAGUCUCCUGCGGAAAAGAGUAAGGAGUGAUUAGUUUUUGAUCUGCCGAAGGAAUUGAGCUUUAGCUGAAACUUCAAGAUUAGUGAAAAAAGUAGACUAUCUUUCUCUGUUACCUAAUUUGCGACCUAUUGACAAUCAACUAUAGCUCUUUGCGAAGUUUAGGAAUGUUCCUUCGAUUUAAGUGAGCCAAAUGGUGGCCCUUGUAAUUGGCUGUUUGUACACUUUGCUGCCGGUAUAUUUUU